AUGCAAUCGCAUGCAGCUUCCAGCGGCCCUCCCGCUGCUGCUGCUUCAGCAGCAGCGACUGCAGCAGCUGCUGCUCCAGGGGGGGGCGACGCAGCAGCAGCAGCAACAGCAGCAGAAGCGGAGAAGCAAGCUGCUUUACGCAGGUAUCAGGAGCAGCAGCAGCGACUGCAGCAGCACCAUAACCGCCGCCUUGGAAUCAACUCUCCUGCUGCUGCUGCCCCCCCUCCUCCCGCUCAGCAGCAGCAGCAGCAGCAGCAGCUGCAGCAGCAGCAGCAGCAGCAACAGGCAGCUGCAAACGGCAGAAGCACAACCAACAACAACAACAGCAGCAGCAGCAGCCGUAUGAGCAGGAACAGCCUGAGUCUCGCGCAAAGGCAGCAACAACAACAACAACAGCAGCAGCAGCAGCAGCAGCAAGAGGAGGAAGCAGGAGACAGCGAAACAUCUUCAGAUGAAUCUGAUGAAGAGACAAAUAAAGAGUUAGAAGCUCUAAAAGACUUAGUUAACCGCAUGGAGGACUUCAAACAAAUGCUGCGAGAAGAAAACUUCGGCCCGUUUGCUGUCUAUGAAAAGGUAAAGAGAUUAAAUAAUUAA